AGUUGAUCGUGCACCGUAACGGACGGGUUUCUGACUAUAUUUUCGUUGUGUUUUUGUUUGCAUUUUGAAAAAAAUAAUAAUAAAAUUAAUAAAAAAUAAUUAAAAGUGAGCGUCAUUUGAACACGAAAAACAAAAAAUGGGAGGCAGCAGUGAGGGUUGUGGCCGUUUUGUCAAAUUUAGCUUAUUUAUCACUAAUUUAGUCAUUUUUAUCGCUAGUGCCAUUGUCUUCGGUUUAGCAAUAUGGACGUUGGUCGACAAAAGUUUCAUCAACGAACUCCUUGGCACGAACAUGUUCUCGGGAGUCGUUUAUGUCUUGAUCAUUAUGUCACUUGUCGUGCUGUUCCUGUCUUUCUUGGGAUGCAUGGGAGCUGCUAAAGAGAUCAAGUGCAUGUUAUUGACGUAUUUCACGAUCAUCUUCUUGGUGUUUGUCGUUGUCUUGAUCGGUGGCAUUUUGGGCUAUGUUUUCCGUGAAAAAGUCACUCAUACGAUGAGACAGGAGAUGCAUUCUUCACUCAAAUUCUAUGGAAACCGUCGACCAGUUACACAAUCAUGGGACUCGACUCAAGAACGAUUGAAGUGCUGCGGUGUCGAUUCCUAUCGCGACUGGCAAUUGUAUGGUCGCAUCCCGGAAAGUUGUUGUCAAGAAACCUACGGCGGACAAAAGAAACCUUGCGUUGAUAAUCCGAACUCGCAAACCAUUUACAUGAAUGGAUGUUUGCACAUUACCACCGAAUACGUACGAGAACAUGCCUCGGUUAUUGCGGGAUGCAGCAUAGCGCUGGCCGUGUUGAUGAUGUUUGCAAUGCUGUUCUCGUGUUCGCUCUUUAGGAUGAUAAAAUGAGCAGACGUUUCCAGAUAAAAGCUUAGCUUUGAAUGAGUGUGUUUUGUGCGGAUCAUCGUUUUUAAUCGUCAAUUUUUAAGAUUUUCUCUCGAUUUUAUUGUUGUACAAUGUAAGAAUCUCAUUUUUUUGUAAGAUUUUUGUUUUAUCAAAUAAAAAAGUGCGUCG